AUGUCGAAACCAGCAUACAAAGUCGCUGACAUUACUUUGGCCGAGUGGGGACGCAGAGCACUUGAGAUUGCCGAGAAUGAGAUGCCUGGUCUGAUGAAGAUGAGGAAGAUGUAUGGAGAAAGCAAGCCACUGAAGGGUGCUCGCAUUGCCGGUUGUCUCCACAUGACCAUCCAGACUGGUGUUCUCAUUGAGACAUUGCUAGAGCUCGGAGCUGAGGUCCAGUGGUCCAGCUGCAACAUUUUCUCCACACAAGACCACGCUGCAGCAGCUAUUGCCAAGACCGGAGUGCCAGUGUAUGCAUGGAAAGGUGAAACAGACGAGGAAUACAUCUGGUGUAUUGAACAGACUCUGAUCUUCCCCGACGGGCAGCCACUGAAUAUGAUCCUAGAUGAUGGUGGCGACCUCACCAAUCUUGUUCACAGCAAAUACCCACAUUUUCUAGAAGGUGUCAAGGGCAUUUCUGAGGAAACAACAACCGGGGUCCACAACCUUUACAAAAUGUACGCAGCAGGUGACCUCAAGGUGCCAGCAAUCAACGUUAACGACUCCGUCACAAAGAGCAAGUUUGACAAUCUGUAUGGUUGUCGUGAAUCCUUAGUGGAUGGCAUCAAGAGAGCCACAGACGUGAUGCUGGCUGGCAAGGUGGCCUGUGUGGCUGGGUACGGUGAUGUCGGCAAGGGCUGUGCUCAGGCUCUGCGAGCUUUCGGUGCUAGGGUCAUCAUCACAGAGAUUGAUCCCAUCAACGCAUUGCAGGCGGCCAUGGAGGGAUAUGAGGUUGCAACAAUUGAAGACACACUGAAAGAAGCCCGUAUCUUUGUGACAUCUACCGGAUGCAAAGAUAUCAUCAGACCCGAGCAUCUAGAGAACAUGUUGGAGGACACAAUCGUCUGCAACAUCGGCCACUUUGAUUGUGAGAUUGACGUUUCCUGGCUCAACGCCAACUGCGCCAAGAAAGAGCAGGUCUCACCCCAGGUUGAUCGCUACACAAUGAAGAGCGGACGUCACCUGAUUCUUCUGGCCGAGGGGCGCCUGGUAAAUCUGGGUUGUGCCCACGGACACCCAAGUUUUGUGAUGAGCAACUCUUUCACCAACCAGGUGCUAGCUCAGAUUGAGCUGUGGACCAAGACCUCCAGUUACAGCGUGGGAGUUCACAUGCUGCCAAAGAAGUUGGACGAAGCUGUUGCUGCUGCCCACCUGGAACAUCUGGGAGUGCGACUGACCAAACUGACCAAGGACCAGUCCACAUACCUGGGAAUUCCACAGGAAGGACCCUUCAAGCCAGACCACUACAGAUAUUAA